AUGGGCGAUAGUGUUUGGAAUGGUCUUUUGGAGAAGUGGAACAUAACACUUUAUAGACAAAAUUGUGAAACGGCCAAGAAGAACAGGACAUCUGACAAGGGUGGUUGUUUGCACACUAGAGGAUCCAUUAACGUGCAUAAGCACGUUAUUCGUCUGUCACAAGAGCUUGGUCGGUCAGUGCAUGUCGAUGAAAUAUUUCAGCAAACACAUAUUCGUCAAUCAACAGGAGAAUUUAUCGAUGAAAGAUUUUCUGAAAUAAGAUCUAAGACUGCAUCUGUUGGUGCUUCAACAUGUACUCCCCUAGACCCUAUAGAGGAGGAAAGAUUGAGGAACCAAUGUUGGUUGGAGGUUGCAGGUGGAAGGUACAAGGGACGCGUAUACGGCAUUGGAAAUGUCAAUGCUCAAGAUGACUGUGUCGAUAGUUACAUACAACAGACACAAGCAUCUUCUUCUUAG